AUGUUUGCUGCUCGCCAGACCUUCAACCUCUUCCAGAAGCGCGCCUUCUCGGCCUCCGCUAGCCAGGCCUCCAAGGUCGCCGUUCUCGGCGCCGCCGGUGGCAUUGGCCAGCCCCUGUCGCUGCUGCUGAAGCUGAACCCGCGCGUUUCCGAGCUCGCUCUCUACGAUAUCCGCGGUGGUCCUGGUGUCGCGGCCGACCUGAGCCACAUCAACACCAACAGCACCGUCACCGGCUACGAGGCCACUCCCUCCGGCCUCAGCAAUGCCCUGAAGGGUUCCGAGAUCAUCCUCAUCCCCGCCGGUGUCCCCCGCAAGCCCGGCAUGACCCGUGAUGACCUCUUCAACACCAACGCCUCGAUCGUCCGCGACCUGGCCAAGGCCGCCGCCGAGGCCGCCCCCGAGGCCAACGUCCUGGUCAUCUCCAACCCGGUCAACUCGACCGUGCCCAUUGUCUCGGAGAUCUACAAGGCCCGCGGCGUCUACAACCCCAAGCGCCUGUUCGGUGUGACCACGCUCGACGUGGUGCGUGCCUCGCGCUUCAUCUCGCAGGUCCAGAAGACCGACCCCUCCGGCGAGGCCGUCCCCGUCGUCGGUGGCCACUCCGGCGUGACCAUCGUGCCCCUGCUCUCGCAGAGCAACCACGCCUCCAUCGCUGGCGAGGCCCGCGACGCCCUGGUUAACCGCAUCCAGUUCGGCGGCGACGAGGUCGUCAAGGCCAAGGACGGUGCUGGCUCCGCCACUCUGUCCAUGGCUAUGGCCGGUGCCCGCUUCGCCGAGUCUCUGCUCCGCGCUGCGCAGGGCGAGAAGGGCGUCAUCGAGCCGACCUUCGACCAGGGCGUGGACUUCUUCGCUUCGCGCGUCGAGCUCGGCCCCAACGGUGUCGAGAAGAUCCACGAGGUCGGCAAGAUCAACGAGUACGAGGAGAAGCUCGUCGAGGCUUGCCUGGCUGACCUGAAGAAGAACAUCCAGAAGGGUGUCGACUUCGUCAAGAACAACCCUUAG